AUGGAGAACCGUCAACACAAAAAGGGCUAUCCAACUCCCUUCAGCAUCCACCCCAUCUGCCCUAAACACACACAUACAUUCAUCGUUCUUCAUGGUAGAGGGAGUAACGGAGAAAGAUUCGGCUGCGAGCUUCUAGAUUCUGUCAAUCUGCGCGCUCGUCUGCCUACUGUCAAAUUCGUGUUUCCAACUGCUUCCAAGCGCCGAUCAACAGUCUUGAAGAAGAUUCCGAUAAAUCAAUGGUUCGACAACUAUUGCUUGGAUGACCCAAAUCAGAGGACGGAUUUGCAAGUUGAGGGAUUGAUGGAGACGGCGCAGUUCUUGAGAGAAUUGAUUAAUAAUGAAGCACACAUCUUGAGUGAUGGCACUGGCGAGUCAGGAUAUCGAAGGGUUAUCCUUGGAGGACUGAGCCAGGGAUGUGCGGCUGCGGUUUUUACUUUACUUGGUGGUGGAAUUGGUGAAAGCGGCAAUGAAAGGCCUGGUGCUUUCUUUGGGAUGAGCGGAUGGCUGCCGUUUGAGAAACAGCUGAAUAGCAUGAUGAAUGUUGACGGAAUCAUUAAUGAUAGCGAUGACGAGAAGGAAGCUGACGGUCUUGACCAUCAAGACAGCGAACAUGAUGGAGACGGCAACGAUGAUGACGAAGAAGACGAGGAAGACGAGGAAAUUGAUGAUCGUUCAGAUAUCGACCGUGCGAAUAGUAUUUCAUUCAGUGAUGCUGAGAGCGACGCAUUCGUCUUACAUACGGAAGAUAACUUUGCUUCUUUCGAUCCAUUUCGGUCUGACGCUCAGGAGGAUUCUGAAAGGGGCACUCGAUCUAGUAUUACAGAUGCCCUCAACCAUGUCCGCGACAUAUUGGACCUAGAACCAAUUUUUAUUUCAGAAACUUUUCCAACUCUUCAAACACCGAUCUUUCUAGGCCAUGGGUCCGCAGACCCCAAAGUAUCCGUUCAUCUGGGUGAUAAAAUGGUUGAGUUACUGUCGAAAAGGCUGGAAAUGGAUGUGACGUGGAAGGCUUACGAGGGAUUUGGUCACUGGUACAAAGUUCCCGAUGAGAUUGACGAUGUUUUGGAUUUUCUGAGGCAAAAUGUUGGAUUGCCCGUUGUAGAUGCUAGCUGA